AUGGGUACUGAAGCGGUAUUAUUAAAUGUAUUCCAUUCAGUACCAUCUGCUAACGGUUGCUUGGAUUUAUUAUUGUCAUUUUACAUUUUUGAAGCACAACAAAUGGCUACAGUGUCCUUGAACGAAAUUAAUACUGUGGACGAUUUAAAAAAAUAUUUAAAUGAUAAUGAACAAAAGCUUAUUGUUAUUCAAUUUAGUCUACGGUAUCCUGAGCGUCGUGAUUUCGUUGAAAAUAGUAUCAGACAAUGGAUAACGGAGUAUAGUAAUCGUGUCUUGUUUGUUAAAUGUAAUGUUCAACAUAAAGAAAAUCGUUUUAAAACCGAAUAUAACAUUCAAAAUGUGCCAACAUACAUCUUAUUCCAAAAUAAUAAAGAAGUUGCCCGACUAACAAAUACGAAUGAAGAUGAGUUGAAAAAAGCGAUUAAUCAACAAUUACCACAACAAAAUUAA